AUGCGUUUGACAACGACGCACAAGUGCACAGGAUUCGGAAUCCAGGAGAUUCUGGGCUUGAAUAAGGAGACGCCCGCGGUUACGCGGCGUCCAUUGGAAUCUCUGCCGCACAGUGCGCACCUUCUGGCGGCUAGAUCGGUUUUGGACUCGGCGGGAGUCGGGAUUGGGAUGGGAAUUAUUGGUCCAGGAGGAGGAAUUCAUUCGUUUUACAGCCAGCCUGCCUUUCUGGAGGUGUUACAGGAGGCGCAGAGUGUUCACCUUCAGCCACUCAACAGGGCCAGGGCAAUGGGACAGCUUGAUGCGCACCACUCCGCAAGCUGCUCUGAUUCAGAUGACAUAUCCUCCAGUGAAAAGACAUUUUCCAAAUCAUCGAUGAACCAAAACAAGAAAAGAAAGAAGAGACGACACAGGACUAUAUUCACGUCAGAUCAGCUGGAUGAGUUGGAGAAGGCUUUCAACGAGGCCCACUACCCUGAUGUCUACGCCAGAGAGAUGCUCUCCAUGAAGACUGAACUUCCAGAGGACAGGAUACAGGUUUGGUUUCAGAACCGCCGUGCCAAGUGGAGGAAGAGGGAGAAGUGUUGGGGUCACAGCAGUGUGAUGGCGGAGUACGGCCUGUACGGUGCCAUGGUCCGCCACUCCAUCCCUCUGCCGGAGUCCAUCCUCAAGUCAGCCAAGGACGGUAUCAUGGACUCCUGUGCCCCAUGGCUACUUGGUAUGCACAAGAAGUCCAUAGAUACCCCUGUUCCGACCUCUCCAGUAAAACUGGAAGCUCCCCUCUCCAAACUUCCUGCCAGGGAACGAGAGAGGGAGAGAGUGGUGGAGCGAAAGGUGGAGGAAGUGGAAGAGGAGGAGAGGAGAGAGAAUACCAGAUCGCCCGUAUCCAAAGAGGAACUGCGAGAGAAUAGCAUCGCUGCACUCAGGGCUAAAGCUCUGGAACACAGCGCUAAGAUGCUAGGGACACAUCCUGGUGGCGGACCACUGGGGACAGUUUCAGGGGAUGUACCAGGGGGGGCAGAGACAGCCGAUGGAGACAGAGGACAAACAGACAGAAGGACAGUUGAAGCCCGCAGAGAAGAUAGAGCCCAGUCACUGAUAUGA